CCUCGGCAGUCUGCUUCACGAGCCAAGGACCUGCAAGGAAACGCACGGCAACCUGCGGCGAGAGGUGAAGCCACAAUGACCUCCCCAAGGAAGCUGCUGACCCUGGAGUCCCUGAGUGCGGCCGUUACAGACAUUCGGGUUCCUCUCCUGGGCUCUCUGUCCGUCAGGGCCGCAGAGGUGCAGCGGGAGCUGCAGGAGGGGGCCGUGAAACCGUUUGAGGAGCUCGCAGCCUGUCACCUGGGGGACCCUCAUGCCACGGGGCAGCGGCCCUGCACCUUCCUGAGACAGGUGGCCGCGCUGUGUUCCUACCCGGCUCUCUUGGACAGCGAUGUUUUCCCAGAGGACGCCAAGAAUAAAGCCAAGGCCAUCAUGAGGACGCUGGACGGCGGCUCCGUGGGCAGCUACAACCCCGGGUACACAUCGCAGACCCUGCCGCGCAAGAUUGCCCGCUUCAUAGAGAGGCGCGACGGGGCCCCCUGUGACCCCAGGAAUGUGAUUGUGUCCGGCGGGGCCACGGAGGCCAUUGUGAGCGUGCUGGCCUUGGUGGUAAAUGAAGAGGAGCCUCUGAAGACGGGCAUCAUGGUGUCAGCGCCCCGGUGCCCGCUGUACCCGGACGUCAUCGCCAUGUGUGGGGCAGUCGUGGUGGAGUAUGAGCUGGACGAGGAGCGCGGGUGGUCUCUGAACGCGGACAACAUCCGGCGGUCUCUGUCCGCAGCCAGGAGGCGCUGCCAGCCGAAGGUCCUCUGCGUCAUCAACCCCGGAGACCCAACCGGGCGAGUGGAGAGCAGGGAAGGCAUUGAAGAGGUGAUCCGAUUGGCUGCUGAGGUGAACCUGCUGUUAUUUGCCGAUGAGGUGUAUCAGGAGGAUGUUUUCGGCGCAGGCGCGGCUUUCCAUUCCUUUAAGAAGGUUCUGUGUGAGAUGGGCCCCCCGUACUCGGAGCAGAUACAGCUCGUGUCGGUCAACUCCAUCUCCAAGGGGGUCUUCGGAGAGUGCGGCCUGCGUGGCGGGUACGUAGAGUUUGUGAAUAUUGACCCAUCUGUGUUUGAGAAGCUUUACGUCCUAAAGUCCUUCAACCUGCCCAAUGUUCUUGGCUCUCUGGCCCUCGAGGUGCUGGUGGACCCGCCACAGCCAGGAGACCCAUCCUAUGGCACCUUUAUACAGGAGAGGCAAACGGUGCUCAGCAACCUGGCGGAGAAAGCGCGUCUGACCGAGGAGAUCCUGAACCGGGCCCCGGGGAUCCGCUGUAACCCAGCCCAGGGAGCCAUCUACUCCUUCCCCAGGAUCGAGAUCCCGGACAAGGCCAUGAAACUGGCGGAGGCCCGAGGCAUGGAGCCCGAUACGUUCUUCUGCCACCAGCUUCUGGAGGACACGGGCAUCGUUCUGGCUGCGGGGAGCAGUUUCGGACAAGCAGAGGGGACCCACCACAUCAGGGUCACUCUGCUCCCUCCUGUCGAGAAGCUGACGAAUAUUUUGAAGAAAAUUGUAGAAUUCCACGGCAGCUUCAUGCGCAAAUAUUCCUGAUUCCAGAGAAAGCGAAGAGAGUCCGGCGGAUCCGGGUAAUACUCAGUACUGAUGUACAGCGCAGGACGGAACGCUCUCCGCCGGCUGCGUAAUAAGUGUCAGUCUGGAGAAAUUUUUAAAAUGCCGUCUUUUACCCUUUAAUGAAUAAUAAAGAUUUUAAAAUAAAGGAAACAA